GCGACAGAGACGUCUAGGCCACAUUAUACGCAUAGACGCGAUAACGCCAGACCAUCCCCACUACCUCGUGUUGUAUUUUAUACCCUAUUGUGUUGUUGUUUUUUUUUAUCGAUAUUGUCAUCGGUAACAACAACAAUUGUGUCGUGGUCGCAACAAAACUCCUACUACAAUACUGCUGUGAUGGUGUAAUUUCAUUUACCAAAAUUAUACUUAACGAUCUUCCGCGUAUGAAUACGUUUGGUUCGGUGGUACACGCUAUUGUCGUUUGUUAUUUGCGCAUAUUUUCGCGAGUGGAGUCUCUCUACCCUCGUAUACACACAUACUCAUCUCUUGACUUCCAGACUGGCAUAUUUUUUUUCUACUUCUUUUGUUCCAGUUCAAAGUGCGUGUCAUAAAAGUUGGCUCAUCGAUCGAUCGAUCGAUCGAUCGACAAAUGAUCUUGCCAUUGUUUGUUCGCGUAUGUAUAUAUAUAAAAUCAGUGCAGUGCCGUUGAUUCAUCGAUCGUGUGUUAAUGUACCAGCGGUGCGUAAAUGCUAUUAGCGCGUACUACUCGACUGUCAGGGGAAAAAUAAGAAGAGGAAGAGAGAAGGAUCGCAGACAAACGUAACUUGGUGGUUUGCCGGUAUACAAUUAGCCUCUUGUGGUGCAUCAUCAGCGUUAGUUGUCGAUCGUCGCAAUGUCGUCAGACAUCACGACCGAAAAGAUCAACAUCCCGGCGUCCGAGAACUUUCAGCUAAAGUGGCACAGCUAUGGAGCCCACCUGCACAGUUCGGUGGCGACGCUGUUGCACUCGGAGUCGUUCGCCGACGUUCUCCUGGCCACCUCGUGCGGCAGACACGUGGCCGCGCACAGGUUCGUCCUGGCCGCUUGCUCCUCGUACCUCAGCCACAUCUUCCAGACCUGCCACUUUGGCGCCAACACUAACGCACCCAUCAUCGUCGUGCUGCCCACGGAGAUCGGCUACCGAACCCUCAAAAUCCUAAUCCAGUACAUGUACAGCGGCGAGACGACGGUGACGAACGACCAGCUGGAAGGUGUCCUGAAAGCCGGUGACAUCCUCCGGGUGCGCGGACUCUGGCGCUCGAGUUCCAGCGGGGCUGGCUCGAGUAACACCAGCAGCACCAGCAGCAGCAAGAAGGAGAACAUCCAGUCGAACAAUCAAAAGCUCGCGCGGGACAAGUCCCAACCGGGUCACAACACCGGGAGUGUCGCUGCCACCAACGGCGGUGGCCAUCACAUUCAGAAGAUCCGACUGGUCCAGCCGGUGGUUGACAAACACCCCGAGCAGUCCAGUAACCAGACCCAGGCCAAUAUCCAGCAACAGAACGCCCAGUCGACGUCGAACGGCGUCGCCCAGUCGAACGUGCUCAGGAUGUACGAAAAGAAGACGGCCACCACCACCGGGGAGAAGGAGAGGGCGCAGGAGACCGGUAGAGGUAUCAUCGUCGAGGCCACGGAGUCUGGUGGCAAGAGGCUGGUGAUCGAUCUGGAAGCCAAUUGCGGUCAGGAGCAGUCCAAGAACAACAAGGAGAACGUCGAGAACGCCAACGGGAAGAAGCGCAAGAACACGUCGAGCAGCGACGUCGAGUCCACCAAGUCCAAGAGCGACGUCGAGGAGAACAGUGAACUGAAUCUGGAGAUGCUGGUCAAGGAGGAGCCGAUGGGUUGGGACGACUCGGUCGAUCCGUCCGACUCGUUGGUCAUAGAUCACGAUAUCGACAUCAAGCCUGAGAUCGUGCACAGCGCUGAUGAGGACGGGGACAUCGAGGAAGAGGAGUACACGCCUUUGACGUGCGACAUGUGCAGCCAAACGUUCAAUAGACCAUCCGAUUGGGUUCGUCACAUAGAAUACACGCACGCCGACAUGACGGAGAGUAGGAGAAGAAAGCGAAAGGGUGACAUGGACGACGAAAACAAAGAUUUCCCGCCCCUGAAGUGCGAUCUGUGCGGCAACACGUAUCCAACGCCCCAAGAGUGGGUCCGGCACAUCCAGUCGGAGCAUACGGACGAACAACUGGCCCAGAUAAACAACUCGGCCCCGCCGAAGCCCAAGCGCGUGCACAAUUACCAAAAACUUUGCAACAUUUGUCAGAAGGUGUUUCCCAGCCACGCGUCGAUGAUCAUCCACCAGCGAACGCACACGGGCGAGCGACCCUUCACCUGUACUUACUGCAAGAAGGGCUUCAACGUCAAGAGCAACUUGCUCAGGCACUUGAGAACAUUGCACGACAAAUUCGUCCAUCCGAGCCUCUACGGGAGCAACGGGAAGAAAAAUUCCUCUUAAGAGUGAACGUAACUUUGAGCAGCUGGUGUUGUGGAAGAUGAGAGCGGAGUUGUAUAUUUUUUUUUUCUGACAAAUGCAUUGUACGUGAAUAUGAAUAAACAAAAUAAUUGAACGAAAAAAAGUGGAUGAUGGAGAGGAAGGAGAGAGUGACUGCAUGAUGCAUUGUCAGUUGGAAGAACAAAAAAAAAAAAUAAAGGGAACCGUCAGUGGUUUCGUGCCAUAUAUCAAAUUGAAUCAAACUUUCCAAGCUUGUACCGUACGGCCAAGGUAUUGAUUGAAUUUUUCGUUUGUUUUUGAAUGAUUGGGCGGAUUAUGCGGGUGUUUAGCUAGGGAUAAAGAUGGUUGCGAUUUUUUUUGAGAACAAUUGUCAGAGUUAAUUAUAUGUUUGCUCAUGUGAAGAGAAGGGACAAUACCUGGGCUUUGAAAAUCAAGGAGUCUGACAAAUAAUGCCAAAGUAUUAUGAUUUUGUUGCUGUAUUGAGAAGGAAAAAAAAAAGGAAUAAUUCUUGGAUAAGCUUAUUCGUAAUGAAAAAUUAUGUUUAAUGUGGAGUACGUUUAGAAGCAUAAUCGAGUGCGAGUGUGAUAAAGGUGGCAAAAUGGUCGAGUGAUUUUUUCGAGUACCUAAUACAUAAGUCUUUGAAAAUAAGUACUUGCGUGUAAAAUAAUUUUUAAAAUUUAAAGUAAAAUAAAAACGACAAGGGGAGGAAAAACUCAAUUAAGGAACAAAACAAAUUUACCUACAAUUUUAGCGAUUACUCGAAAAUCUUAAGAUAUGUAAGAUUAUAACGAUAUAUACCUACUUCUUAUGACAUUCGUAGGUUAUUUCAUCCGUGGUCUUAGCCCACUUUAAUCCGACAAGUUCAUAAACUAAUUAUGUAUUUUUGUAUUCAAGUAGCUUAUACAGCUUAUGAU